AUGGCAUAUGUGUAUUACUACUCGACCUACUACACUCCCGUCGAAUACUACUACCCCUGCUCUGCCCCGGCCUUCACAUACUACGAGCCCGCAGCCUACUCGGUUGCCCCCUCACAUCGUCCGCGGCGCAGCCACUCACGGCACAAGCGCCUCCCCGACCGCACCAGAGAGCCCGAGGAGGGACACUGCUUCCUGCUGUUCUUCAAGGAGAAGUACUGGGACGAGCUGAAGUGCCGCUUUGGCCCCAACUCCAACUAUGUGAUCAACACCCCCGACAGCGUGAUCCGCCAGUUCAUGCGCGACCACCCCCGCAUGGUCUCCUCGAGGCGAGAUCUCCAGCGAUACCGAACGGGGCCCUAUCUCACCCAUAUAGCUCCUGGAGGGCAUCAUUCGCCUUGGGAGUUGGCAUGA